AUGUCCCUUCCUACCACCAAGGAGUGGAAGAUGGCGGGCUUCAUUGAAACCUGUGACUGCUCAGCUGCCCCAUUUGGCGGCGUUGCCGUGGCGCCCCCUGCCGUCCUGCUCGAGCGGCGGCUUACAAAUCUCCACUGCCUGUCUGCCUGCAGCGGUCACGUCUCGCGGGUUCCAAACUGUUGGGAGUUGGACCACUCUAGCUUCAGCUCUGGCUCCUGGGAGGCCCUUCUGAGCCAUCCGUCCUUCGGGGCCAUGAAGAAGGCCAUCCGCAAAAGCAGAAAUGGAGAAGGACUGAAACAAGUUCUCUUUCUAUUAGAAGGACCAGCCAACUUCAAGGUCAAAGCAUCUGUACACACCUUGAGCAAAACCCAGAAGACCAAACUCACUGUGGGCAGUUUGGGAUUAGGCCUGAUCGUCAUCCAGCAUGGGCCCUACCUCCAAAUCAUCCAUCUCAUCAAGAAGGGAGCUGCAGCCAAGGAUGGCACACUCCAGCCAGGAGGAAACAGGCUGAGUGAGAUCAAUUUCCUUGCCAGGGUCACCCCCAUCCGCACAUCAAAGAAAACUGAGCAGACAAAAGAUGACAAUUUCACAAGUGAUGAGAAUGAAGAUGUCGUUUUAGACAAAGGACUUAAAUAUCAUAGAUAUCCACGGUCAACAGGUCAUUAUUCUGCAAGGAGACCAAUGUCCAUCUCCACGGAAUGGCAUGGAUAUGCGAAGAAGAACCACACUAUUAGUGUAGGAAAAGACAUUAAUGCUGAUGUGACAAUUCACAGAGAUCACAAGGACAUGCGAGCCCCUUCUCCAUACUGGACAAUGGUGAAGCAAGACUAUGAACAAGCCUCCUCCUCCUCCUCGGCCUCUUCAACCUCAGAUGCAUUUUGGCUGGAAGAAUGUGCCCAAAUUGAAAAGGGCAAGGGCCAGCCUGGUUAG